AGAGCAUCAGCGUUGAACUAGUUGACCUAGAUCUGCUUAUGACAGGUUGCUUCACCCUGUAUGACUAAAGUUAAAGUGUAAAACAGCACGGUAAAAAGCUGUUUGAUUAAAUGACAAAAGGAAUGCACUUUCAAUAAGUAAGAACAGAUUUGGUAAGCCCACAAUAACAAUGUGAUAUUUGCUCUUGGUUAAUCAGUAAUGAUGGUCCAGGCUAUAGGGCAAGGCCUACCAGUUGAUAGAUCCUUAAAGAGAGAUUUGGUACUACAAUACUAACAUCUAAAACUUUUACUAGCAUAAUUAUUGUCCUACUCAUUUGACCCUAAAUCUAAUUUGAUCGUUUUAGCAGCAAUGUCUUUAAGUGUUAAUGGUAUCUCGAUAUUUCCAAUUUUUCUAGGCUCUGAGGGCUGGCCGGGUUGAAACUGUUCGGAGAGAUCUUCACUUCAGAUCAGAAGUUCCUCCAGAAGACUACCUCACCUCACCUGACCUGACUGAGACCAGCAACAAUACAGCCAUGUCUCUGCUGAUCCAUGUGCUGGCCUGCUGCUUCGGCCUGGGCUCCUGGGUGGCUGUCAACGGCCUGUGGGUGGAGCUCCCCCUCAUUGUUAAGACCCUCCCCGAGGGCUGGGAACUACCAUCUUACCUGACCGUUAUCAUCCAGCUCGCCAACCUGGGGCCUCUGCUGGUCACUCUCAUGCACAAGCUGUGUCCGGGCCGUCUGAAGGAGAGCGCUGCCAUAUACAGCGUGUUGUCCAUAGGUGUCCUGGCCUGUAUACUGCUGGCGUUCUCCUGGGAUGAGACCACAGUGGUGGCGGCGGCGUCUCAGAGCACAGCCUUCUUUAUCCUCACCUUCUUCCUGGCCUUGGUGGACUGCACCUCCUCUGUCACCUUCCUGCCCUUCAUGAUGCAGCUGCCAGCCCGCUACAUCACCACCUACUUCAUUGGAGAGGGCCUGAGUGGCUUUAUCCCUGGUCUGGUGGCUCUCGGCCAGGGCAUCGGCAUGGCCAAGUGUGUGAAUGCCACUCAGUUCUCUGGUAACCUCACUGAAGAGGAUAUGUACAUUGUCCAGACCCAGUAUCUACCGCCCAACUUCUCCACCGAGGUGUUUUUCUUCUUCCUGGCGGCCAUGAUGUGCAUCAGCCUGGCAGCAUUCUCUGCACUUAACAGGCUCCCAAGUACCUUUGAACUGUCCACAGAGAACCUAGUUCCAGACACUGACACAGUGGCGUCAGUCUGCUCCGGACUGGACAACCCUGGAGCAGUGACUGAAGGGGAGAACUCAAACCCAAAACGUCACAGUGAGGAAUCAUGUCAACCCAGGCCACAGCUGGCUAAACCAGGCCACUCUGUUUUUCAGUUAACUUUUAUCUAUUCCAUGGUGGUCUGGGUGAAUGGGGCGACUAACGGCCUCUUGCCCUCGGUGCAGACAUACUCCUGUAUGCCCUACGGUAACCUAGCUUAUCACCUGUCGGCUGCUCUGGCAUCCUGUGCCAACCCGGUGGCCUGUAUAGUCGCCAUGUUGUUUCCUGAAAGGUCACUAGUGCUCCUGGGUGUAAUGUGUCUCCUUGGAUCAGUCUUUGGAGGAUACAACAUGGCAAUGGCCACCAUGAGUCCAUGUCCACUACUACAAGGCUCCGCAUUGGGAGAAGCCAUCAUAGUGCUGUCGUGGGUCUUCUUCACGGGGACCCUGUCUUAUGUUAAGGUGAUGGUGGGUGUCAUCCUGAGGGAUGAGAGCCACAGCGCCCUGGUGUGGUGUGGAGCAGCGGCACAGACAGGCUCUCUGCUGGGCUCUGCCAUCAUGUUCCCACUGGUAAAUGUCUACAACCUGUUUCAGUCAGGAGACUUCUGUAACACCAAGUGCCCUUUAUGAUGGCGACCUAUUCCUAAGACACUAACAUACCCACUGGUAAGUAGCCUUGUCCAAGCCAGAAUGGCCCAUCUCCUGUUUCUGUACAAGUACACCCCCUGGAAAGGACACUAGUACUUGCUAGAACUUAUACCCACUGGGGUGGUGUGUGAAUAAUGUGGGGAUGAACAAUGACUGGACACGAUUAGAGAUUGGACUCUGAACAUGCCUUGCUCAAUUAAUAUUUGAAUAUAUUUUUUAUAAAGUGUGAUUCACAACCCAUGCUCAAGGUUUGCACUGAUUGUUGUACAUGUCUGCCCUAGAAAAUGGGUCAAGCUCCUUAGAAUAGCAUCAAUCUUUUAAUCUUUAUUGUGUUGUAGACUUUUUUG